AUGAAUGCUCAAAGUGGUGCAAAUACCUAUUUUUGUGCUACUGAUGCCACUGAAGCAUCUCUUGAUAUUAGGUCGCUCACUUCUCUCCCUCUAAUUCAAAAAAAAUUCCGGCACUCAGGUGUUGGCGGCGUCAUUAAGUCAGGCGCUCUGUCGAGUUUGCAGGACUUGAGCAAGGGAAAAAUAUAUUUUGCUUCUUUGGGAAGCCCGAUAAAUAAUCUCCAGAUGUGUGAGAUAGUGGACUUAUCAGAUAGCGAAGACUCUCCGAUGCAAGAAAAUGUGGCAGAAAUUAAACCAGAGCUCGACUAUUUGGACUAUGAAGUGCCAUCUCAGAACAUAUCCUCAAGGGAUAUAGCGGAUAAUGUUGCAAGCUCUUCAGGAAGCAACAUAAGAUCAUCCUUAAUAGGGAUGGGAUUCUCGUCCUCUCUUGUUGACAAAGCAAUUAAGGAAAAGGGUGGAGACGAUGUUGAUUUACUAUUGGAGACUCUCUUUGCAUAUACAGCUCUUCAAAACCUAAAGACUGAAUCUUUUGAUGAUGCAAUAUUCCAUGACCAGGAUGAGUUAGCUGCAGAUGUUCGUGCAAGAGAGGUUCUUCAUAGAUCAGCAUCUUCGGAUUCUCUUGAUAGCUUGUUUGGUGAUGGCGGGGAUACAAAUAGUCACACCAAUAUUGGAAAAGAUGUUCAAUUAAAAGAGGAACCUGAUUUUUGCAGUACAGUCAUUGACGAGAAGAAAGCAAACUUGUUAAAAAUGAGUUUCUCCAUGGAUGAAGUGGAGUUUGCUAUGGCUAGACUUGGUGAAGAUGCUUCUAUUCAUGAACUAGUGGACAUCAUCAUUGCUGCACGGAUGGCGAAAAAGUAUGAAAAGAAAGCAGAUUAUCCUAUUUGUGGUGAUGCAGAAAGGAACAAGGAAUGCAGCAAUGAAAUCUUGUUUGGGAUCAUGGAUAAGACACUUAGACUGCUUGAAAUGGGCUUCUCUGAGCAAGAAAUUUCAAUAGCUUUUGAGAGAUAUGGUUCAGAAGCUCCACUUUCAGAACUUGCAGAUUCAAUUGUUGCAGGUGAAAAUGCUGACAUUGACAUUAAACCAGACAAGAAUUUAUUAACUUCUUUGAGCAAGUCGAGUGCCCGUAGUAACUAUAGAUAUUUGGAUAGGGGGAUGGGUGAUUGUUCAAGUUAUCAGUCUUUUAAUCCAUUUACUGUAAAAACUGAGGAACAUACUUCAGAUACUGCAUCUCAUGUUGGGGAUUUUGAUGUACUGGAAAAAUUAAAAGGGAAGAGACCAAAAGAAGAAUAUAAUGAUGAACAAAGCAACUUGAAGAAAGCAAAAGAAGAGUUUGAUGCAGUCUCGAGCAGUUCUGUUGGCCCGACCUGGCUAGGAGCAAGAAAUGGAAAGUCUUUGUUGACCAGUCUUUGGAUGCCAGCCUCUCAGAGACGUGUUGGCCACAAUGCAGGAUGGCUGGACAAACAAGGAAUGCCCCAAAGGUCUAUGCCCGACUCGUGCAGGGUUCUUGAUAAUAUGGUGGCUAAACCUCCUUAUUUCUUCUAUGGAAAUAUAACAAAUUUAUCUCAGGACUCUUGGGUAAAAGUAUCACAAUUUCUGUACUCCGUUCAGCCAGAAUUUAUCAAUACUCAGUUCUUCUCGGCCUUGGUUAGGAAGGAAGGCUACGUUCAUAAUCUCCCCACUGAAGAUAGGUUUCACAUUCAUCCAAAGCCACCAAUAACCAUUCAAGAAGCCUUACCGCAUACUGGAAAAUGGUGGCCAUCGUGGGAUGCAAGGAAGCAGUUGAGCUGCAUCAGUUCUGAAACUAAAGGAAUUCCGCAACUGUGUGAUAGGCUUGGAAGAAUGCUGACCGAUUCAAGAGGAUUUCUAACAGUUGAACAGCAGAAAGAACUCCUCCAUCAGUGCCGGACCUUGAAUCUUGUGUGGGUUGGCCAACACAAAUUGGCACCACUUGAACCUGAACAUCUAGAGCGUAUUAUGGGCUAUCCAGUGCGUCACACGCAGGUUUCUGGGUUUAGCACGACAGAAAGACUUGAAUCACUUAAACAUUCUUUUCAGACUGACACAUUAGCAUACCACCUAUCUGUUCUUAGAUCCUUGUUCCCUGAAGGAUUGACAUUGUUAUCAAUUUAUAGUGGAAUUGGUGGAGUAGAAAUUUCUUUACACCGUAUUGGCAUUCGUUUGAAGGGUGUUGUGUCUGUGGAACCCUGUGAAGCAAAGCGGAGGAUUAUCAAACAAUGGUGGGACAAUUCUGGACAGAUUGGAGAGUUGGUGCAGAUUGAAAGUAUCCAAAGCCUAUCAAGUAACAAGCUUGAAGCUUUGAUAAAAAAGUUCAGUGGAUUCGAUUUUGUUAUAUGUCAGAAUCCGUGCACAGCUGCAACUAGUGAUAACAUGGUAGGUUUAGAUUUUUCAAUGUUUGUCGAGUUUGUACGUGUCUUGCAGCGUGUGAGGACUACAACGGAGAGGCGCAGGUGA